AUGUCGUCUUCGGUCGCCGUCUGCCCGGCCUGUCAGUUUCGAGCGCUCAUCUCGGCGCUGAGCCCUUCGGUGCGACAAUGGCAGGCUCAAAGAACUAUGGCGUCGGCCAUGCGACAACGCAAGCAACCCUUAAGGAUGACCCUUAGUCAGGAUGUCAGCAGGAGACGGACAGAGAAGAAGGCGGCCGACCGAGACACCGCUGGGCCGUUUGCCGGAAUGAAUCAGACAGUGGCCAGACUGCCCGAACGAAGAGCGCCUCGUGCGAUGCCCUCGCGAGCCAGGAUGGCUCUCCGGACAGAGAUCAGAAAGCGAUCGCCGCAACCCCGAACGUCGAGCGAGACAUCCCCAUCCGGUUCUGACGGUGUUGAAACCGAAGCAUCAUCGCCACCGAAAAAGAAGAGCAGCGUUAGCAAAGACGAACGACCUCUGUUUCACGCCUUGAAAAUGCAACAGACCUUAGCCCCUCUAUCCUACAGCCAGCGAGACAAACUGAAAAUGAAGCUGGACAAAAUCAAUUCAUUUGAGGAGCUAGGACUGAUGCCGGCUGUGUCGAGUGCGGUCUAUACACAAGUCCUUCCGAACCUGACAGAAUAUGUGCCCACGCCGGCCCAGAAACUGGCGAUUCCGGCGCUGCUCAGCCAAAAAGACGCGUAUCAGAAACAGAAGAAAGCGGAUGGUCAACCCAACUUCGACAAGUUUCUGAUCGCGGCCGAGACCGGGUCAGGAAAGACUCUGGCCUAUCUGCUUCCCAUCAUCCACCACGUCAAGGAGCAAGAAGAGCGAGACAGGAUCGAAGAAGCGGAACUAGAAGCCCAGGAAGCCAAAGAGAAGGAAGACCGAGAGAAGCGUCUUGUGUUUGAGGCGGAUCCGUCAGAGGACGAGCCCAAGAUCCAUCCGUCAAUGGGCCGACCACGAGCACUCAUCCUCGUGCCAUCGUCGGAACUAGUCGCCCAGGUCACCAAGGUGGUCAAGUUGCUCGGGCAUAGCGUCAAGUACAAGUCGGCGGGGAUAUCGGCCUACAACAGUCCGACGGUGAUCAGGAAUCGGGUCUUCAACCCCAAUGGCAUCGACAUUCUGGUCUCUUCGCCUCACCUGAUUGGAAGCAUUGCGAAGAAGGAGCCCAAUAUUCUGUCUCGGGUGCAAUACUUGGUAAUGGACGAAGCCGAUUCCCUGUUCGACCGGUCCUUCAGCGAGACUUCGUGUAGCAUCAUCGACCGAGCCGCGCCGUCACUGAAGCAGCUGAUUCUAUGCUCGGCCACCGUCCCGAACUCGCUCGACCGAUUCAUCGACCGGCAGUUUCCCGAGUGCAAGCGCAUCGUCACGCCGAAACUGCACACGAUCCCUCGCCGUGUCCAGCUCGGCGCCGUCGACAUCGACAGGGAGCCUUACCGCGGUUCUCGGGACCUGGCCUGUGCCGACGUCAUCUGGACGCUCGGCAAGGCCGUGCACGAAGACCUGAACCCGCGCAACACGGUCAAACACAUCCUCGUCUUCGUCAACGAACGAGAAAGGGCCGAAGAGUUGGCGCGCUUCCUGGCCGGCAAGGGCAUCGACGCCGUCGCGCUGACCAGAGACACCACCGAGCAACGCCAAGCCGAGAUUCUGUCCACAUUCACCGCGUCCGCCGCAGUCCCAGGCUCGGAAAAGCCAGCGGCCAAAUCGAAAACUAAGCUGUUCAGCGACUUUGUGCCCUUUGAAAGUUCCACGACCGACCCGUCCUCGUCGUCGUCAUCCUCGUCGUUCGGCGGCAGACCCACGCGUCAUUUGCCCGACACCAAGGUAUUGGUGACCACCGAUCUGGGCUCACGCGGAGUGGACACGUUGGCCGUGCGCCAUGUCGUUCUGUACGACGUUCCGCACACGACCAUUGACUUUGUGCACCGCCUGGGCCGCCUGGGCCGCAUGAAUCGUCGCGGCAGGGCCAUUGUGCUGAUGGGCCGUCACGAUCGAAAGGAUGUCAUCCGCGAAGUCCGCGAGGCCAUGUACAAGGGCCAAGCGUUGAUAUGA